UUUUGUCAGUCUCGUAAUGUGUUCCUUUCGGGUUGUUUUGUUCGUUACAAUAUUCGGAUUUGCAUAUAGUAACAGUGCUCCUAUUAUUAAGCUUCCAUAUGGCCAACUUCAAGGUUCAAUCGUAGAUAACUACAAUUCCUAUACAAAUAUACGUUACGCAGAACCUCCUGUACGCUUUGAACCUUCCAAACCUCACGAUACUCGUUGGAAUGGAAUUCAAAAUGCAACUGGUGAAAUGUUGUAUUGUGCGCAGUUUGAUGGAUUUUUCAAAACUCUGAGGGGACAAGAGGAUUGCUUGUUUUUGAAUGUUUUUACUCCAAAAAACACGGAAGACAAAAAACUAUUACCUGUUUUUGUCUUUAUUCAUGGCGGUGCUUUUAUGUUUGGUGGUGCAGGAUUCUAUUCACCAAAAAUCUUUAUGUCUGAAGGAGGAAUGAUUGUGGUUUCAUUGAACUAUCGAUUGGGACCACUUGGAUUUCUGACAACUGAAGAUGGAGUGAUUCCUGGAAAUUUAGGAUUGAAAGAUCAACUCUUGGCUUUGAGAUGGAUUAAGACAAAUAUACACCAUUUCGGAGGAGAUCCAGAUAAGAUUCUCUUAGCUGGUCAAUCUGCAGGAGCUGCAUCGGUUCAUUUGCAAAUGUUGAGAAAAGAAACUGAGAGUCUUGUAUCAGCAGCUAUUGCCAUAAGUGGAACAGCUUUAAAUCCCUGGGUGAUGCAAAUAAAUCCUAAAGAAAAAACUGAUAGUUUAGUAAAGCACUUGAAUUGCUCAUCAGUGAGUCAUGGAAAGGAUAUAAAAUCAUGCCUUCAAGACCAACCAUUGGAAAAGCUGCACACAGCAGUGAUGAAAAUGCUUAUGUUUCUAGACAGUCCCUUUAAUUUGUUUGGAGCAGUUGUUGAGAGGGAAGACACACCUGGAGCAUUCUUGACUGCAGAGCCCAAGAAGCUCAUCGAAAGAGGUGAGAUUGCCAAUGUUCCCUGGAUGGUAACGAUGACCACUGAAGAAGGAGCUUAUAACGCUGGAUCGUUAUUGAAAAAAGAUGACAACGGUGUGGAACACAUUGAGGAGCUCAACGAACGCUGGUUGGAACUGGCACCAUACUUGCUCUUCUAUUACAAUGAACCUUGCUGUCAGUGUAAACAGAAGUUGUCCGAAAGUCUCAGAGAAAUGUAUAUGGGUACAGACCGUUUCUCUACGAAGUCUUAUCUCCGGUUGCAAAAAAUGUUUACUGAUGUCGUUUUUGCCAAUGGCAUUCUCGAAGCAAUUAAGCUUCACAGAAUGUUUGGAGCAGGCCCUGUUUAUGGAUAUGUUUAUUCAAAUUCACAUAAAAAUGGUGUGGGUAACUUCUUAGCCAGUAAUGAUGAUGUUGAAUUUGGAGCAACUCAUGGUGAUGAUGAAGCACUGUUUCUACCAUUAACAAUAAGUACAAAUUCCACAUCGAGCAAGACGAACGACUUGAAAAUUUCAAAAUACUUUGUAAAAAUGUUUAAGUCGUUUGCGCUAAAAGGAAUUCCUAGCUUUAAAGAUACUCUUUUACCUGGGAAUAAAAAUAAUCUGCAACCAAUGCAAUUCCUGCAAAUUUUUGAGAAAAAUUAUUGCUUUGGUCCCUGGGAGAGUUCGAACAAUCAGGAAUGUCAGAAACUAAGCAAUCAAUGUUUUGACUAUUAAAAAACUACUUCCAUUAAGAACAGACGAUUGUCAGACCUAUCAGUAAAAACAGUCGUGUAAAUUCACAAUGAGUAGGGUUCACACGACAUAGAGGACUGAUUUGCUAGCUGCCAAAAAAAUGAAAAGUUAGUCAAGAAAAAUCUACCUAACUUUCAAGUCAAAUGUUCUUGUAUCAAAAUAUCAGUUCAUCACAGUUGCCUGCAAAUGAAGUCCUUUAUGUUGUCUCAACCUGCCCAAUGGCUGCGUUCAAUGUCGUGUUGGAUAGGGUAUCUUGGAUAGGAGGAUUUUUAGAUACCUUGUUGAACGAGUUGGUUAGCUGUAUCGAGAUAGCUGUCAAAAAAUAAAAACAACUUUUAGCUGUUCACUUGAA